GCAUGGGCGCUGGUUGUCCUGUGCCUGGGGUGUUAGGUCUUGGUCCAGCCAAUGGACAUGAAGAUGAAGCAGAGGGAAUGAGUUAUUGUUUACAGGAUUCUGAUUCAGAAGAGGAGGAACCUUGCAUUGAAGAGCCGUUAAAGGAGCAUCGAUCGGGGUAUUGUUUUGGAUAGAGGCCGCAUUAGUACAGGCAAGGAGGAUGAAUGGUUGCAUCAGAUUCGUACUUGGUGAUUGUGCCUGUUGAUUUGUGGAACAUUAAAGUUGGAGGAGUGUUGCAAAUAGAACAAUCAAAGAUUUUGGU